UUAAAGGGAGAAGCGGCAGCCCAAGCUGCGGCCAGUGUGUCUCAGGCGGGCGAGCAGCCGGGAGCCAGGCGGGGCGAGUGACAGCCCCACACAACGGGCCCGAUCCGGCCGGGGGCAUCUGCAGUUACUUUGAACCUCUAGAAGCGGAGCCGCCCCUGGAUCCAUGACUAGGCCGGGGGGGCCCCCACGGACCGACCCCCCCCCGGUCCGGCUCUGACUGGGGAGGUCUUCAAAUGAUGGCGGUUCCUCUUCUAAACUCAGCUGCAGCCUGAGAGAGAGCUGAGCAGAGCCCAGUGUUCAUAGACCAUGCAGCUCACUCAGAGAAGAGAGCCUGAGAAUUCUGCUGAGGACCUUCUUAAUAACAAUAGGGAUCGAGAGAGGGCAGGAAAUCCAGGUGGCCAGCGUUGGACCAAGCCCUGGAAACGUUGUACACGUAAAUUCCUAUGUAUCCUCUUGACCAUUGCUGGCAUCGGCAUCGUGGCUUUGUCAGGGGUAGUACUGAAACUUCAUUUUGAUCCUCCACGCUCCCCUGCUGUCCCUUGGUGCCCUGACGGCUGGGUCGGGUACCUGGGGAAAUGUUACUAUUUCUCAGAGGCCGAAGGAAACUGGACCUUCAGCCAGAGCAACUGCUCCUCCUUCGGCGCCUCCCUGGCUACGAUCGACACCCUGCCUGAAAAGGCUUUCAUGCUGCGCUAUAAAGGCCUUUCCGAGCACUGGAUCGGCCUGCGGAGGGAAGAGGGCGAGCCGUGGAAAUGGGUGAAUGGUGCAGAAUUCAACAACCUGUUUGAAAUCCGAGCCCACGGCAACUGUGCCUAUCUGAACGACAAGGCUGUCGGCUCCUCGUGGUGCCACACGCUGCGCAACUGGAUCUGCGCCCAACGCGAUGCGCACACGAAGGGCUAGGGAAAAGCCGACGGGCCGCGGCGCGCGGUGCCUGACGUGCGUGGGACUGGUCAGGCCAGGCUUGUCGGACUUGCGAUCUGCUUUUGCUGCUGCGCUAUCCGCAUAUAUUGCAACGGAAGGAGCCCAGUCAUUGCCGCGGUCAUCUGCGCUGCUGUAACGUGACAGCACCACCUGCAGGGCGCCGAUAAGAUGGCUGGCGAGUUCCAGACUCCGGGCUACCGUUGAAUGAAGCGUUUCCUUGCUGCUGAAGGGCUGCUCCAGGAGAAGAGCAAUGCAGAGCUGACUCUUCCGUGCUACGUUGGGUGCUGGUGGCCGGGGCGCAAAUGGUGCCGCUGAGUGACUUGCUGCUGAUCCCUUCUCUGAGGAUAUUUAUAUCACAGGGGCACUCGGAGGCUCCAGUCAAGGUCAGGGGCCCCAUUUUGCUGGCUGCUGUCCAAACAAACUUCAGUAAGACUCGUCCACCACCCCAGAGAACCUCACAGCCACAAACGGGAUGCCAGGGAAAAGGGAUACGACAUCCGAGCAGAAUGGCUGGGGCUUCCUACUGCCGCAUGCUUAAAUGCAGCCCUCGUCUGUAUUUAUUUCUUAAUGUGUUUGUGUCCGACCCAGCAGAGUCUGAUCUCUCCUUUCUAGAGGUGAUGGGCUGAUGAAUCUCAUCAGGAAUUCGUUCCCGAAAGGGGUAUCCACUCAUUUAAAAGCCUUUAGACAGAUGCUUUUGAAACUCCCAUCCAAGUGUCUUAGAACCUGGAGGUAAUCUCUUUUAUUGGACCAACUUAGACUAUAAGAACGGCCCGUACUGGGUCAGACCAAUGGUCCAUCUAGCCCUGUAUCCUGUCUUCCGACAGUGGCCAAUGUCAGGUGCUUCAGAGGGAAAGAGCAGAACAGGCAAUCAUCAAGUGAUCCGUCCCGUCACCCAAUAACUUCUUUAAGCUUUGCUUCCUUUUUCUUCAUAUUGUAGAGUUUCCAUAGAGACAGCAAAAUUCGGUAUCUUCCCUUGUCGCGUGUCCCAUGUCGGUCCCAGGAUAAAAGAUAUUCCCUCCCCCACCUUGUCUCUCUCGGAAGCUUUAGUCUCAUUGACAGCGACAGAAGGAAUUUUGCCGUGGGUGUAUUUGAUCCACCUCUGAGAGAAUUCUUCUGUCAAGCUACAUCUACAGUCCAUCGUACUACGGUGCACAGGGUGUGACAUUUUUCCUAGCCCUGAGCGAUGCAGCUGGGUCGAUCCGAUUGUUAGGUGCAAACCCAGCCUUACCCCCAUUCUGCAGUGGUGUAAAGGAGCUGUUUAAGGAAACGGAGGGAAUCAGGCCCCAGGGCGUUCGCAAUAAGGCCGAGACCAAACUGUGAAAAGUCAAGAGUCAGGGCUUAGUUUCGCCAUCCGUCAUCUCAGCCCGCCUCCCACAAGCUACCUAGCUUGGGAGAGACUUUGGGGGCCUUUCC